AGUGGGUUGCUUCUUUAGCUCCUGGCCCCGCUUGUCUACCCGCCGUCGACCACUGGGAUGGCAGCUGAUGAUGCAGGGUCAGAUCUGUGCCUUGGAGCUUCCAGUUUCCCCUCCAACCCCGCUUCGAGUUAAGAGUGCUUGGGCUUCCCCCCAUCUCGUCUCACGUCAACUCGCAACCGUCGCUCUCCAACCGUCAUUCGUCAACCCCGAAUGUCACUGGUCCAUUCCAAGCUUCCAUUCUUCCAUUCCCUCCUCCCGUCGCAGCUCUUUCCCACCGUACCUACCUCACCUAUAUAGGUAUCCAGCCCAUUUGCGCAAGCCAACGGCGUGUUUGGUACUGUGUAGUCCUCCGUAGCCCAUUGGACCUGCAGUUGUCCAGAGACACAGACCUGGGAACAGAAACACGAUCUUGGUAACCCCUAAAAUGAGCGAGCAAUCCGAGACAGGCCUCCCGUCGGGAUGGGAGGUGCGCCACAGCAACAGCAAGAACCUGCCCUACUACUUCAACCCGGCCGAGAAGAACUCGCGCUGGGAGCCGCCGCCGGGCACCGAUGUCGAGAAGCUUAAGGUCUACAUGGCCAAGUACCACAGCGGCAGCAUCCCCGCCGGCGGUGGCGGCGAGCCGGGCAAGAUCCGCGCCGCCCACCUGCUGGUCAAGCACGCCGACAGCCGCCGGCCGUCGAGUUGGCGAGAGGCCAACAUCACCCGGAGCAAGGACGAGGCCCGCGAGAUCAUCCAGCGGCACCAGGAGAGCAUCAGGAGCGGAGGCAUCACGCUCGGCGACCUGGCCGUCACCGAAUCAGACUGCAGCAGCGCGAGGAAGCGGGGAGAUCUCGGCUAUUUCGGUAGGGGGGACAUGCAGAAGGAGUUUGAGGAUGCCGCCUUCGCGCUGCAGCCCGGCGAGAUCAGCGGCAUAGUGGACACGGCGAGCGGCUUGCAUUUGAUUCAGAGGCUCGAAUAAACUUCGUGACUGGCGGAAACUUGGUCUCUUUGGGAACGGCAGGAAAAACUGAUGGUUUUAAAAAAGAAAACACCAAUAUCGUCGAACACAUAUUUGUAG